AUGUCCAUCUAUCUAUCUAUCUAUCUAUCUAUCUAUCUAUCUAUCUAUGCCAUUGCAAUGUAUGUAUCUAUCUGUCGCAAUUUGUUCAUUAUCUAUCUAUCUAUCUAUCUGUUACAUUUGUUCAUUAUCUAUCUAUCUAUCUAUCUAUUAUCUAUCUUUAUUAAUUAUUUGUUGCAGUUUAUUUAUCUAUCUGUUGCAGUUUGUUCUUUUCUAUUUAUCUAUCUAUCUAUCUAUCUAUCUAUCUAUCUAUCUAUCUAUCUAUUUCUAUCUUCUUCAUUAUCUAUCUAUCUAUCUAUCUAUCUUUUGCAGCUUGUUCCUUACCUAUCUGUCUAUCUAUCCUAUGGACGUCACAGUUCACUAUCUAUCUAUUUAUCUAUCUAUCUGUCUAUCAAUCAUUAUCUAUCAAUCUAUCUGUUGCACUUCAAGAGUCUUUUUUUUCCUUCUUUUCUCCUCUCUCCUUCUCCAAUCGACUGCCUAUAA